AUGGCCUAUCUGCAGCAUUUUCAACCACAGCCAAUGGCUGAAUUGCCUUCUAAGCAGAGCAUUUUACUCCUGCAUGAAGUUGGACAGAGGUACCAGAUUGAAUCAAAUGGGAAGAUACCCACGCCAUCUCAUGGGGAUCUUUUGAUUGAGAUACAUGCAAUCGGGCUCAAUCCAAUUGAUUGGAAAUCAGCCACUUAUGGAUUUGGAAUCCCCCAGCUACCCUGUGUAAAUGGAAGAGAGUUUGUAGGACGAGUCGUCAUUUCAGAGAACGGCCAUCAGGGUGGCUGGCAUCUUGGAGAUUGGGUGCUCGGUAUUUCUACCGACUACAGAGAUUUCAAGAAGGCCGCAUUCCAGGAGUUCGCAAUUGUAUGCGCCCAUAAUGCCAUACGCAUUCCGCCCAACAUUGGCAAUCCUCUCGCCACUGCCGCUGUCGGAGUAGCUUAUGUGACUGCUGCCCUAUCCCUAGGGGUUUGUUUGGGUGUUGGCUUUAGUCGACAAAGCAGCAUAGAUCACCAUAGCUUGCUGCAGAUUGCGCAAGAGGAUCCGAGUGACCUACCUUUGGACGUGGAGCCCGAAGUCAUUCCGGGUAUAGCGCAUGACUGCAGUCCCCGUCCGGAUGACUGGAUAAUGAUUUACGGUGCAUCUAGUGUCACUGCUCAAAUUGCUAUCCAGUUAUCAAAGCUCGCUGGACUAAAGGUCGUUGGUGUCGCGAACCUAGAGAAACACCGGCAGUUGCUCGAGUCCCUGGGAACCGAUAUCUUAAUCGACAGGGAAGAUCUCGCUGCAGCUUCGCAAGAAGUGAAUCAACUACUGCCAGGGAGACUUCGCUUCGCUAUAGAUACUGUGGGUAGUAGUAGUGCAGAAUGGUGCCAGAACGUCAUCAUACACAACCGAUCCCAAACUGCAGGGACAACUACCACGGACCUAGACCAUAGCACUGGCUAUAGCAGGGAUGAAGAGAGUCGUCGAGGACAUCUAGUUGUCUUUACCGGCAAACCAAAAACAUCCCAUCCCGAGGUGAAGAUUCAUCGAGUGCCAGUUAAGCUGUUCCAUACACACGAACGCAUUGGCACAUAUCUCAGUACUUGGCUCCAUGAACUCCUCGACGGCUCAUUUAUACAGCUGCCCAGAUCUGAAAUCAUUGAUGGAGGGCUAGGGUCUAUUAACGGAGCUUUGGAGAGACUGAAGAACGGAGAUGUGUCUGGCAGCAGAUUGAUCAUCAGGACCAAAUAG